GCAGCAGCGGCAGCAGCAGCGGCAGAGGCAGCGGCAGUGGCGGCGGUGGCGGCGGUGGCAGUGGUGGAUCGGGGGGAGGGGGGGCCCCGGCGCGCGUCUGUUUGUAAGAUCCAUACUGAAGCCGCGUCCGACCCCCUCCACCGAGACCCCACCCCACCCAGGACCCCAACCCACCCCCCCGCACACGCCCCCCCACGCGACCCAGCCUCAUAGGGCACCCGCCAGGCAACCAAGAAGAUUACCCCCCUUUGCCCUCUCUCCCACCCACCCCCCAAAAAGAGAAGAUCCCCUCCUCUGGCCCACCCCUUCCCCUUUUCCCUCUCUCCUCCCCCCGAACUUUCCCUCUCGCAUGCUUUUCCCCUGCACCACGGAUCGCCUCUCGGAUGCCGCUCGCCUGGAAGCUGCGUUAGGAGAGAGCGGCGGCGGCGGCGGCGGUGGCGGCGGCGGCAGCUCGGGAGUGCUAUGACCGGCAAACUCGCCGAGAAGCUGCCGGUGACCAUGAGCAGUUUGCUAAACCAACUGCCUGACAAUCUGUACCCCGAGGAGAUCCCCAGCGCACUCAACCUCUUCUCCGGCAGCAGCGAUUCCGUAGCCCAUUACAAUCAGAUGGCUACAGAGAAUGUGAUGGACAUCGGCCUGACCAACGAGAAGCCCAACCCGGAACUCUCUUAUUCGGGCUCCUUUCAGCCAGCUCCCGGCAACAAGACCGUGACCUACUUGGGAAAGUUCGCCUUCGACUCCCCUUCUAACUGGUGCCAGGACAACAUCAUUAGCCUCAUGAGCGCCGGCAUCUUGGGGGUGCCCCCGGCCUCAGGGGCACUCAGCACGCAGACCUCCACGGCCAGCAUGGUGCAGCCACCUCAGGGCGACGUGGAGGCCAUGUACCCGGCGCUCCCCCCCUAUUCUAACUGCAGUGAUCUCUACUCAGAGCCUGUGUCUUUCCACGACCCCCAGGGCAACCCUGGGCUCGCCUAUUCCCCCCAGGAUUAUCAAUCGGCCAAGCCGGCCUUGGACAGCAAUCUCUUCCCCAUGAUUCCUGACUACAAUCUCUACCACCACCCCAGCGACAUGGGCUCUAUUCCGGAGCACAAGCCCUUCCAGGGCAUGGACCCCAUCCGAGUCAACCCGCCCCCUAUCACCCCCCUGGAGACCAUCAAGGCAUUCAAAGACAAGCAGAUCCACCCAGGCUUCGGCAGCCUGCCCCAGCCGCCGCUCACACUCAAGCCCAUCCGGCCCCGCAAGUACCCCAACCGACCCAGCAAGACCCCACUCCACGAGCGGCCCCACGCGUGUCCGGCGGAGGGCUGCGACCGCCGUUUCAGCCGCUCGGACGAGCUGACGCGGCACCUGCGCAUCCACACGGGCCACAAGCCCUUCCAGUGCCGGAUCUGCAUGCGGAGCUUCAGCCGCAGCGACCACCUCACCACUCACAUCCGCACGCAUACGGGCGAGAAGCCCUUUGCCUGCGAGUUCUGCGGGCGCAAGUUUGCGCGCAGCGACGAGCGCAAGCGCCACGCCAAGAUCCACCUCAAGCAAAAGGAGAAGAAGGCGGAGAAGGGGGUGGCGCCUUCUGCGUCCUCAGCGCCCCCCGUGACCCUGGCCCCCGUGGUCACCACCUGUGCCUGAGGCUCGGGCCCCCAGAUUCCCACAUUUCCCCUCCAGUGUCUCCCUGCUGCUGCCCUGAAAGCAGCGGGAGAGCUCGCCACGGAGGCGCAGGGGCCGCACUUGGGCCUCUCCAUGGACAUAAGGCUCCUCGUCACUCUUGGACGUCCCCGGUUUCCACCCUUUCACACCGGCCAACAGUCGGGGGCCAGGGCAGGAGGCGCCUUCCUCUCGCUGUCUCCCACCCACUUUAGCCACGGCGUGGAGGGGGAAAGAGUGGCGUCUAGCCCGCCUCGUUCAGUUCGGAUCGUCUUGAUCCAGGGGCCGCGGGGGGCGAGUGGGGGCCACACCAAGGACUUGCGGGGGACUGAAGGCGGGGCCCACCCAAACCUCGCCUGACCUAAGCACCUCAAUGGUCCCGUACGUCUCCCUCGGUUCCCCCUCGAAGACCUGAGAGAGGGGAGAGGGUAAGAAGCGCACCAAAGCGCAGAGCUUGCUGCCUGCCGCACGCACGCCUGCGCGUGAGUGUGCGUGCUCGCGUGAGCGUGUGUGUGUGUGUGUGUGUGUGUGUGUGUGUGUGUGUGUCAGACUCUUGAGCUGAACUGGGCUAUGUGCACCCCAAACUCUUCCCCACAUCGAGUCCCCAGGCCUCUGGGGGGACUGUCCCAGGCUGGGUGCCUGCACGCGGCCAGAUGAGACGGGUCUUCCAUCUGCUCAGAAAUAAUGUUUCUUACAGAAAUGCCUCGGAUGCCACCGCGGCGGUGUGGCUACCGCCCCUUAAGCUUUGGCCCCUCAGAACCCCACUUUUUCCGAGCACUUCCCUAUUAGGCCUCAGAGCAGUUUGAUCUGCAGGGAGAAGGAGCAGCUAUCACUGAACCUGCCUUUUUUAAAAAUGUAUUUCCUCAGCCUCACUUUUAAAAAUCUAGGUCCUGAGUUUGCCCUCUGCCCUUCCCCCACCCUCUUCUCCCUUCUCCCCUCCAAGCCUUCUCCCAUCUCUUUCAAAAUCUUUUACCAGAAAGGCAGGCCUCAACCAGCCACCCCAUUUCACCAUCUUUUUGUUUUCUCUCACUCACAUAUUCUUCUUCCCAUUGGUGGUGGGAAAGCAGGCUCAUUUUUGCCCCUGGCCACCAAAUAGGUAGACUUCAAAUCUAUGUAUAUGGUGUGUCUGUGUGUGUGUGUGUGUGUGUGUGUACACACACGUACACAUACACAUACAUACAACACACACCACAAUACGAAUUCCUAGCAAAAUAAAAUCUCUAAGGUACUUGGCCAUCCAGUGCAGUGCACUGGAAUAAAGAGGAUUUGUAGGCAUAUACAUCUUUAAAUGAUUUAUUUUUUAUGAAAAUUUUAACUGAUGAAAUAUCUAUAUAUGUGUGUAUUAUGUAUGUAUAUAUAUAAAUCUAUGUAUGUAUGUAUACAUAUACACACAUACACAUCUCUGUCCAAAUUUUCCUUAAAAGAUAUGGGGAUUUUUGCAUUAAUCCAUGUUGAUUAAUGAGGUGUAUCUUUUUCAUACCCCAAUUUCACCUUCUUCCUGCCCUACCUCAACUCUUCUCAGGCACCCCUCCACCCCAGCCCUUCUCCACACAGGGGUGACUCUUUUGAAGUAUAGUAGUAGGGAAGGUUGCUCUCUGACACAGCUUCCAGCACAGUCCUGACUGAAUGUACUGUUCCCUAUUCCCAGUAUUUCUCCUGUGGUCAGUAAGCUGCCCAGAGAGAAGGAACAAAGGUCUGGAGUUUACAGAAUGUCUGUUUUUAAAGUCACUUUAUGCAUUACCCACCUUUUUUUUUUUUAAAGAAAAAGAAAGCACUGUUUUUUCUUUGUUUUUUUGGUGGAGGAAAAAUAAUACUAAACGGAGUCCAGUGAAGGGGGGAAUCAAAGAGCAGGGGGAUUGUGGAUUUCCAGGUACUUGGACUUUUUGUAAAGGAGAGAGAAGAGAGGAUGAAGUUUGCCAGGAGGGCUCAUAUUUUUUCAGCUGAGGGGUAAAAUCUUUCUUUGCAGAGACAGUAUUUUGCUGAAUAGUUUUUAUAAUGUGAUGAUUAUUAAAAACAAAAUUUUGGUCACUUCAAAGCCAGAAGGAGGAAUCAAAUAUCCUUUAAUAUUUUUUCCUUGCUCCUCCUGGCUUAUGCAUGUCACUGCAUGAUAACUCUGAGUUUUCCUUUGUUUUAAUAAAACUGUUCUCAGACAUUUAAGCUAAACUAAGAGAAAAAAAUAACUUUGUUGCCAAAAGGUUGUGCUAUCCAGAUUUUUUAUAUGUCUGCAUGUUUUAAAAAAAAAACAGCAAAAGAAAAUGCACUCUAACUUAUGUGAACUGAGAGAAAAAAAUCAGGUUUUAAACAGGAAAACCUAUGGGGAAUGAUAUUUUUUGGAAGACUUUUGUAUAAAGUUGAGUACUUAGAAAAAAGACAAACCAGAUGUAAUAUAUUUUGUGGAUGUUUUUAUUUCUUGGAUUUAUAGUACCUUAUACUAAGGUUAAAAAAUAUGCUUGAUAUUGUGAAAAGGUGAAAUUCUUCACCAACAUUUCAUCUGCUCCAUUGUCACAUUGUUAUGCCAAUAUAAUAUAGUUAAUGAAAACAGCAUUUUUAAAAACUGAAAUAUUGAAAUGGUGUAAUGUUGUACCAUUUGCACUGUGAGCAAAUGCUAAUACAGUAAAUAUAUUGUGUUUGCUGACAAUCAGCCGGCCUAUAAAUCUCCUUAUUUUAUUCCUUGUUUUCAUAGCAUAAAGUUUUGGUUUGGCCUGUU